UAAACUCUCUAAUACUUUACCAAUAUUUGACCACACUUUCUUAAUUUUUUGGUGUACAACAGUUUGCUGCAUCUACUUUUAUUCUCUUUCUUACCUAUUAUCAACCUAGACUGCAACCCAGUCUACCAUAUUCCACUACCCGCUUUAUUAGCCUGUGUUUUAAGAGGCUUUUUAACUUUACAAUUGUUUUGGUAAACUCUCUAAUACUUUACCAAUAUUUGACCACACUUUCUUAAUUUUUUUGGUGUACAACAGUUUGCUGCAUCUACUUUUAUUCUCUUUCUUACCUAUUAUCAACCUAGACUGCAACCCAGUCUACCAUAUUCCACUACCCGCUUUAUUAGCCUGUGUUUUAAGAGGCUUUUUAACUUUACAAUUGUUUUGAUAAACUCUCUAAUACUUUACCAAUAUUUGACCACACUUUCUUAAUUUUUUGGUGUACAACAGUUUGCUGCAUCUACUUUUAUUCUCUUUCUUACCCAUUAUCAACCUAGGCAUGGACAAAUUAUCUUCCCACGUCCUACAAGUUUUAUUAUACAACGUCUUACUGCAUAUGCAUCUAUUUCAAUUCUUAGCUAGUUUCAAUCUAAACUAUUAUUCUGUUUCCAAAAUCUUGGUACUUUUUUAAAAAAAAAUUUAUUUAUUUAUUUUUUUUUUUUUAUUUUUAUAUAUUAUCAUUGCCUGUUCUCGUGUUUCUUCUGUUGUUGUUUUUGCGGUUGUGUGAGUUUGUUUGUUUAUGCUGGUUUAGUUUAUCAAGUUAUACUUUGACAGUACCAUCAUCUCUGCAUCAUUAGUCACGGAGAGGGCCUAUGAACGGUCCGUGACGCGAAUAAUAAUUCGUCCUACACUGCUAGCGCGUUCUGAAUAACGAACUCUCUGGCUUGUCAGUUGUGUCAACGCAAUAUCAAAAGAUGCCGGUCUCAACCCGCGCCGAAACUGACACAACCUCUCUACUACCUGAUCCCUUUUCUUCCAAUCCUUCGUCCAACCAUUCAUAUUCCGACUCUGCUUCCACCUGCCUCAUAUGCUUCGGUGUCUUCUCCACACACGAUACUCUCCUUACGCAUGUCGCGGCAGCUCAUCACACAGUCUGCCCUCCACUUUCUACCCAACGUGAUGUGCAACAACUAUUAUGUAUUCUUUGUGCAGCGGUUUUUCCAUCCAACAGAGGUUUAUCACAACAUAUCCGCCAUCGACAUAUCUGUGAAUACAAUGAAAUGCUCCAACGACGAAUCAAGUCUCAGCCCGUGUCACGCAUAUGGUCGCAGUAUGAUGAUGCUUCGCUCCUGACGAUCGCGGAACGUGAAGCUAAACAUUUCCACACCAAAAAUGACUUGUGCCAACAUAUAUCAACAUUAAUGACACGUAGGACUGCUGAAGCCAUUAAACGACGGCUCCUUCACCUUCACUGGACGAAACCGUCUACAGCAACCCCAGACGUCACUCUCAACACACCAAAUACAGACCCUACUACGCCCCAGGUGCCGCCUACACCUAUACUAAACACUGAAGCUGAAGAAUCACGUCCCCCCGUUAACGACCCCCUAAUAGACCUCAACCAAACCCGACUGAUACUCGACACCACAACCUCGCCAGAAGUGUCACCGUCCCCACUACCGCAGCUUCGCGUCGUCUUAACACCUCUAUCGUCCCCGACCCAACUGCAAAACCCUCCUCAUGCAAAUACAGCUCCCGACCUUAUUAGAAACCCAGUGCGAAUACUACAGAAUUACAACUGUGACUUAGACGCUUCUUUUGAGAUGUCUCCUCCGCGAUUAUUACACCUAGACAUGGACAGGUAUCAGUGUUCAUCAGUCGAACAGGAAAAACUGUUAACAGCAGCAGUAGAACUCUUCCAAAAUGAAUGCACGAGAAUAAGAUCCUCCAGCCUACUUGCCUUCAUACAGCGCGACAUCAUGAAUAUGAGCGCGGAGGAUGUAUACGCCUUCGUCAACAGCCAUGCAGAUACGGUUUUCCCCAGAACGUGGGUUCCCUCCAAACCUAGGUAUCAUUAUCGCCCCCAAUUAAACAUUUCUCGAAAAAAGAUGAGGAAAAUCGCUUAUGCACGUAUCCAAACACUAUUUCAUCACCGUCCAAAAGAUGCUGCCAACACUGUUCUUGAUGGUCGAUGGAUGAAACAACCUGUUGCUAGCCCAUCCGACAUUCACAACUUUGACAGUUUCUGGACCUCUGUCAUGACUAAACCCAGCACUGUGGAUAACCGGGAAACCGUACAAAUAGUCGACACCACCCCAUCCCUGAUCGAACCAAUUCUUCCCUCGGACGUAGCAUGGGCGCUGAAAGAAAUGCAUGGCACGGCCGCAGGAAUAGACCGAUUGACGUCGUAUGACCUGUCGAGAUUUGGAAAGAAUAGUCUGGCCGGUUACCUGAACACGCUGCUUGCCCUAGCAUGUCUCCCCACGAACUUGUCGACCUCACGAGUGACAUUCAUCCCUAAGUCACUAAAUCCCUCACACCCCGAGGACUACCGCCCAGUGAGUGUUGCCCCAACGAUCACAAGAUGUCUACAUAAAAUUCUAGCCAGAAGAUGGGUGCCGUUAUUCCCCCAAGAAAGACUUCAGUUUGCCUUCCUGCACCGCGACGGUUGCUUUGAAGCAGUUAAUCUUCUCCACUCAGUUAUUCGGCACGUCCACACACACCACACAGGAGGUUCAUUCGCCCUACUGGAUAUCUCGCGAGCAUUCGACACAGUCUCGCACAAUUCCAUUAUUAGAGCAGCGAAACGAUACGGUGCGCCCGAACUAUUGUGUAAAUACCUUAGCAAAUACUACAGUGACGCCACCAGCUGUCUCAAUAACACAGAAUGUCAUCCAACAUGUGGAGUUAAGCAGGGUGACCCACUUUCUCCACUACUUUUCAUCAUGGUCCUUGACGAAGUUCUGGAAGGUCUAGACCAUAUGACCCACCUGCAAAUUGACGGUGAGGUUUUAAACUACAUCGCCUAUGCGGACGACCUCGUGGUAUUCGCUCCAAAUGCAACGCUGUUGCAACAGAAACUGAACCGCAUCUCUACACUUUUAAACGACGCGGGAUGGUCUGUAAACCCUGAGAAGAGUCGAACGUUAGACCUGAUUUCUGGGGGCCACAACAAACUUACGGCUCUUGCACAAACAGAAUUCACCAUAGCCGGAACGCGUAUUCCGCCAUUAACCGUCUCAGACUCCUUUAAAUAUUUAGGGAUACAGUUCAACUUUAAAGGUCGGUGCCCCGUUGAUCAUAUCGAAUCACUAAACAACUACCUUCUAGAAAUUACACGCGCCCCCCUUAAACCGCAACAACGAAUGAAAAUAUUAAGAGAUAAUCUACUGCCUAGAUUACUCUAUCCCCUGACUCUAGGAGUAGUUCAUAAGAAUACGCUGAAAUCUAUGGACCGGACGAUACACGCCGCUAUUAGAAAAUGGUUAAGACUACCUUCGGACACCCCACUGGCGUACCUCCACUCCCCAAUUGCCGCAGGCGGUCUUGGUAUACCACACUUGACUUCACUAAUUCCGCUCCACCGCCGUAAGCGACUUGAAGCUCUAUUAUCGGCACCCAACCGACUGCUACACAAACUACCCACGUCUCAGGCCCUAGCCUCAUAUUCUCAUCUUGGCCAGAUGCCGGUCCGUAUUGGACAAGUAAGUGUGACUUCGAAAGAAGAGAUAUCUCAUUGCUGGGCGAGACAACUGUACUUAUCCAACGAUGGGAAGGGUCUUGUUCUAGCACAACACAGUAAGGAAUCACAUACAUGGUUACGCUGCCCCCAAACCAUAUUUCCUAGUGUAUACAUCAAUGCGGUGAAAUUGCGUGGUGGAUUACUACCUACCAAAACAAGAAGAUCUAGAGGUGGUAGGAUAGUGAAUGACCUGCGAUGUAGGGGAGGAUGCAAUCACCACGAAACCAUCCAACACAUACUGCAACAUUGCUCGUGUACCCAUGAUAUCAGAUGUAAGAGACAUAAUGACCUAUGCAAACUUGUUGCAAAGAAGCUUCGCAGACUAGGAAUCACUUUCUUAGAAGAGCCGUGCGUACCCCUGGAAACGACCUACUGUAAACCAGACUUUAUCAUCAUACGUGAUGGGAUCGCCUAUGUCAUGGACGUAACUAUAUCGGACGACAGUAACACUCAAGCGAGCCGUUUGUUAAAAAUUUCAAAAUACGGCAAUGAGCGUACUGUGGCUUCGAUUAUACGCUUCCUGUCAUCCAGCGGCCAUAAUGUUUCCAACAUCAGACAAACCCCUAUCGUCCUAACAUAUAGAGGGAUCCUCGAGAAAUCAAGCUCUCAAUCACUCCGACGUCUUUGCUUCUCAUUCCGGGAUCUUGGAGAUCUAUGCACGAACACAAUCCAAGGCUCAAUCAAAAUCUAUAACACUUACAUGAGAGGUACUCAACGUUCAUAUACAUAACUUCAUUCUUUCUCAAACGCUACUCUGUUCAUUGUUGUCUGUCUUCAUUAUUUCUUGUUAAUCAGCUGAUGCCAUCUAUGCUUCUUUGCCUGCAUGUCUUCGUUCCAUUUGUCCGUUUUCCUCACCUAUCCAAGAUAGUAAUUGAGUUACCCUUCUGUUUCUCAGUGUUCCUGUUGGUUUGUUUUUCUCUUUUUUUUUCUCUUUCUCUCUCUCUCUUUUGUUUCUUCUCUUCUAAUGUUGAUUGCUUCAUUGAAUUUGACUGGUCUUCAUUGUUCGAUUGGUUAAUUAUGUUAGCACACGUCAGUGUUUGACUCCCCGGUAUUUGGUGUUCCAACAUGCUUCUGAAAAUCUGCUCUAUUGUUUCACCAUUUAUUAACACUUCAAUUUGAUUAUUUCUAUUAUUACCUUUAUUAUUAGUAAUAGUAUCACUACUCUUCUCCACACUAUUUAAAUUCAGUAUUAUUCACUUGAUGCUCUCUCUACAACCCCUUUAUAUACUUAACAUCCAUGUUUUCGAUAUUAAUGAGAAAACAUCUUUUGUAAAUCUUAAGUAUUUCAUUUUGUUCCAAACCCAUUUGGGCGUGUACAAUUUGAUACUUAAAAAUAUAUGUUAUUAGCCA